UCUGGAUUUGGCAGGCGUGCGAUGAAUGAGUCAGGCUGUUUUUAAGAACAGUAAACAAAGAGUAGCUCUAUAAAGGCCUCCAGAGAGCCUUAGGACAGCAUGUGCAACCCUCAGCUCACUGAGAAACACAAUGAAUUCUGUGAAAGCAACCACCCUCUUUGUUCUUCUGGGCCUGCUGGUUCCUGAAAUCUCCAGUCAGAAACCCAAGACUCCUGAAGAAGAGGUGGCUUUUCUAAAAGUAAGGCUCGCCUUGAUGAAGGAUCGCUACAGGCUGUUGUGCAACCAGUACUCCAGUCUGGCAGACAACUGCUCAGCUCCAGCCAAAGACUGCAAAGAGUGUCCUGAAGGAUGGCUGCAGGUUGAGGAUCAGUGCUUCCACCUGAACACUGACAAGCAAGAUUUCUCUACCAGUGCUGAGAAAUGUAAAGAUAUUGGAGCCCAUCUCGCCAUACUCACUACAAGAAAACAGCAUGAGGCUGUGGAAAAAGAAGGCAGGAGGAUUGCAGGGACAUACAUACACUACUGGAUUGGACUGAGUGACAUUGAGACUGAGGGGGACUGGAGAUGGGUGGACAACUCAACGCUAACAACUGCGUUCUGGGACCCUUACAGAAGAGAACCAGACAACAAUCAGGCCCAAGGGCCAGAGGGGGAGGAUUGUGCAGUGGUGGAUAGCUACACUCAGAAAUGGUACGACGUUCCCUGUGAGUUCACCUAUCCUCGGAUCUGUCAGAAAGCCGCCAACCCGCUGCUCUGAGACCCAACCGCACCUCUGGAGCACCCCCGACUAAGCUGCAAAUGUGACUGAUCCUUUAUUGAAAAGCUUUAA